AUGUGCCUAUGGCUAACAUCUCUGCAGAUGAUCGUUGUUGGUCUUGUGGGCUACAUUGAGACCCCCCGCGGCCUGCGCUCGCUCACCACCGUCUGGGCCGAGCACUUGAGCGAUGAGGUCCGCCGCCGCUUCUACAAGAACUGGUACAAGUCCAAGAAGAAGGCUUUCACCAAGUACGCCAAGCAGCACUCCGAGAGCUCCGGCGCCUCCAUCACCCGCGAGAUCGAGCGCAUCAAGAAGUACUGCACUGUCGUCCGUGUCCUUGCCCACACCCAGAUCCGCAAGACUCCCCUCAAGCAGAAGAAGGCCCACUUGAUGGAGAUCCAGAUCAACGGUGGCUCCGUCCCCGAGAAGGUCGACUUCGGCUACGGCCUCUUCGAGAAGCCCGUCACUAUCGACUCCGUUUUCGAGAAGGACGAGGUUAUCGACGUCAUUGCCGUCACCAAGGGUCACGGCUUCAACGGUGUUACCUCUCGUUGGGGCACCAAGAAGCUUCCCCGUAAGACUCACAAGGGUCUGCGUAAGGUCGCUUGUAUCGGUGCUUGGCAUCCUUCCCACGUCCAGUGGACUGUUGCCCGUGCCGGUCAGAUGGGUUACCACCACCGUACCUCUGUCAACCACAAGGUUUACAGAAUCGGCAAGGGCGAUGCCGACGACAACGCCGCUACCGAGCUCGAUGUUACCAAGAAGACCAUCACUCCUCUUGGUGGCUUCGUCCGCUACGGUGAGGUCAAGAACGACUUCGUCAUGGUCAAGGGCUCUAUCCCCGGUACCAAGAAGCGUGUCAUGACCCUCCGCAAGUCCAUGUGGACUCACACCUCCAGAAAGGCCCUCGAGAAGAUCGACCUCAAGUGGAUCGACACCUCGUCCGAGUUCGGACACGGUGCUUUCCAGACGCCGGCGGAGAAGAAGCAGUACCAGGGUACUCUCAAGAAGGACCUUGCUACCGCAUAA